CCACCACCCACGCACCUUCCACCUCUCUUCCAUCACCUCCCACACCUCACCAUGUCCAACAACUUCUCAGGCAGCCACACUCUUCGCAACAGAAAACUACAAACUAAUCUGGACGGCCCUCCUGUUCCAACAAAACUCGACACAAAACCCUCGCUCUUCCAACGGCGUGGUCUCCAACUCCCAGAUCCACCUAGACAGUUGAAGCCACUGCCCGCUGUUCCUCUACCUGAUUCAGUCGAGUACAAGCCUCUGCCACGGCCUCCGGAAAGCAUCAAGUUGGGUACUACCUUACUUUGGAUCGCGGGAUUUGCUGUUUGGUUUAUGGUCGUUGUGGUCAUGUUGCCGGUCAUCAUGGAAAGAGAGGCAAUGAUUGGGGUGAAUGCUUGGUUGAGGGGGAAAUGGCGAGACGAUGGAGAGGCUGCAUGUGCUAUAUGCUGAAAACUCACGUUCUGUGAGCCAAGAGAGACCGAAAAUGCUCGCGGACACACCCGUCGAUUCAAAGCCGUUUCAUAAUGGAUACACCGCAGUACAGCAACAGCAUCUUCAUUUAUUAUUUCAAUUUAGAGGACAGGUUACAGCUUCGACUCCUGCUUCGUCGCAUCUACCAAACUCUUCCGCCCACCA